UUUUAAAGAGUUAAAGCCUAACUUUAGGAAAUCGAAAGCGUACAGUAUACCGCCAUCCUGUUGGCCCCUCCUCUAUGAACACACACAUACACACACCAGAAUCCAUAUGUGCUAUGAAGUGUGAGAAAUCAGGGACAUUUGAAGGUAUCCUUUAAUUUAAAGUCUUAAAGCAUCUCUAUAUCUGAGAAUGGAUGACAAGAAAAACCAUGAACAAAGUCUUGCAUCCAUUGACAUUCCAACAGGGGGCGACAAAGAAAGCAAUAAGACUGUUAAAGUUGAGCAGGUAAAAGUAAAGGCUGUCAAGAAGAAAAAACGUGUGAAAAAUAAGCGAAGUACAGCACAAACAUCUUCUGAACAAAUCAUUACACAACAUAACACUUCUCAUCGUCCUUCUGGGAAAGAAACACACAGCAUAUUGACUCAAACCACCUGUGACCAGUCCACCCAGACAGUGACUUCUGAAAACACAUACCAGAAUCAGUCUACUCAAACCCUCCCACUUGAGAGCAGUCACACAAUGCUUACUGAGUCAAAAUCAACCCAGACAAAAUAUGUCAGACUCUCAUUCAAACAGUUGUAUGAAGGCCGGACAUCUAUAGAUAAAUGUCAGGACUGUGUUCCUGAUCAGAGCAGAAACCCGGAGCAGCUAACUGUACUCACCUGGAACAUAGAUGGGCUGGAUACUGAAGAUGCCAGAGAGCGGCUCCAGAGCCUGCUAUUGCAAUUAGGAAAGUACCGUGCAGAUGUAGUCUUACUGCAAGAGCUUGUUUCACCUAUCCUGACAAUUAUAAAAGAGGUUAUGACAGAUUAUGAGUUUUUGGAAGGCAGUAAUGAUGGCUAUUUUACUGCAAUACUGCUAAGAAGAUGCAGAAUUAACUUAGUUCAGAACAGCAUUGUAAAAUAUCCCACUACAGAAAUGGGGAGAAAUCUGUUGAUGGCUGAGGUAAACUUAUCAGGCCAUCAGCUAUGUUUUAUGACUUCUCACUUGGAGAGCUUAAAGGACAACUCACAGGAGCGCCUGAACCAGCUGCGCAGGGUCUGGAAGAGGAUGAGGGAGGCACCAGACAGCCAGACGGUCAUAUUUGGAGGAGACACUAACUUGAGAGACUGGGAGAUGAAGAAGAUAGGAGGUCUCCCUGAUGGUAUUACAGAUGUAUGGGAGAUGCUUGGAGAGCCUGCGGACUGCAAGUACACCUGGGACACCGUCACCAAUAAUAACAAAGAAAUCCCUUUCGCUGCGAGACUGCGUUUCGACCGCAUUUACAUGCGAGCAGCUAGAGAGGGCGCUCAGCUACGACCAGACACCAUGACACUGGUGGGCUUGAAGAGACUGGCAUGUGAUCGUUUCACUAGUGAUCACUGGGGCAUUCUUUGCACGUUCUCAUUUGAGUCAUCAGCAGAGUAAUACGUAUGACGUUCCUCUUAAAGUUGGUACAGCAUAGAAACAAUUCAAAGAUUUGCUAUCAAAGAAAUAAUUGUGAUAUGGAAAUAUUAGAAUAAUCAGGCUUAACUAUCCUUUUUUCUUUUGUUUAAACUGGUGUUCAUGCUUUUCUUCCACCACUGGAGGUCACUCUAUAGCAAUUCCUUUUGGAGUGCUCCUGUUUCUCUUCUGUAAACUGUUGGAUUUAGUCAGCUAAGCCAUUCCUGUUUUUAGUAGUCGGCACAAGUCCACACAAUAUCUAGGACCCAUAAUAAAACAGAAUAAGAGAUCAGAUUUCACAAUCUGAGAUCAGAUAUCACAACCAUUGUGCUGCAGCUUUAGCAAAAGUAUUGAGUUACACCUAUGACUUAUUGGUGUAAGUGUACUGACAUAGACACAUUGGAUUCAUUUCCUUCAUUUAAUAUUAAGCAAUUGUGUUAUCCUUGGCCAGAACUAGCAAUAUGUGUUUAUUGUCAUGCUUUGCAGGCAGGGUUUUGGUUUCUUUCAGUCACCUUUGCUGGCAACAUGGACAACCUUCUCUAAACAGAUGGAUGGGAAUAAUUCUUUGGUAGGGAGUUAGGAAACAGGGCCCUGUGUUUUCAUUUGGAAAAUUGAUUUGUACCUCAUCUUCUCUGCUGCUUAAUCCAAACAGAAUUGAAAUGUGCUGGUAAAGUCCACUGGAAAUCAGGAAUGAUGGCAGGCUGUCAGCAAGAAUAAUUAUUUGUCAUUGGUGUUUUGGGAAAAUGGGUUAGCAAAGAGAAAUGUGCUUGCACAUUUCUGUGCCUGAGCUAAGUAGAUGGUCCAUGUUCGUUUUACCAAAAAUGUUUAGUGUAAUCAAAACUAAUUAUGAACAGAAAAAACUUCCACUACAAAUUGUUGUAAUGUAAGGUUCAACCAUCAUGUUAAAGAAUGAAAAUGUAAAAAAAAAAAAUUAUUUAUGUAAUCAGUGUUAUUAAAUACUUUUGGAUGACAUGGAAGAUUUAAGCAUUAUCUACCUGGAAGAGCAAUGUAUGAUUCUUUUUUUUUGUUGUUGUCUUUUUCUGCUGCUGCUGACCUGUACAGUGAUAGGGGACAUUCACACACUUUAUUUUACUUCUCCUUUUAAUGCAUUGUCAUUAGGUUCAUGUCAAUAGGUUUCUAUUACAAGGUCAAACAGGUUUUUGUGUUUUGUUUUCGUUUCUGCGUCGUUGAUUUUCCCAUUUUACA